AUGGAAUCAGUGUUAGAAGAACAGAAUAUUGAAGAUGUGCCCAAGGUUGGUAUGUGUUUUAGAACCAUUGAAGAUGCAAAUCAAUUUUAUCAGAAUUAUGCCAAGUGCGUUGGUUUUGUUACUAAGAUAAGGUUUACCCGAAGAGUUGGUAAAGAUAAGGUUCCUAAGAAUCAAAUGAUCACUUGCAAUAGGGAGGGAAAACGCAAGUCUAGAGUUUCACCAAUAGAAAAGACCAACCCUAGAACCAACUACAAUUGCCCCGCAAGGAUUUCUAUUAGGUUGAAUAAGGAGGGUCUUUGGAUUAUAUCGAAGGUGUGCUUGGAUCAUUCACAUCCUUGUGAUCCAGAGAUGGCAAAACUGUUGACACGUAAUAGAGAGAUGACUAUGCACAUGUGUCGAGUCAUUGAGAGGAAUGAUGAAGCAGGUGUGAGACCAAGCAAAACAUAUCAAGUAUUGGUGGGUGAAGCAAGGGGUUUUUCUAAGAUAAACUUAAUGGAAAAAGAUGUUAGGAACUAUCUCAGCAGAAAGGUACGCAAUGUUACGGAAGAAAUGGAUGCUAGGGAGAUGUUGAAGUAUUUUACACGGAUGAAGGAAAUGAACUCUGAUUUUUAUUUUGAUGUUGAACUUGAUCAAAACAAGCGUCUCAAAACUAUAUUUUGGGCUGAUGCUCGAAGUAGAGCAGCAUAUGAGUACUUCGGUGAUGUAGUUUCGUUUGAUACUACUUAUAAAACCAAUCGUUACGAUAUGCCAUUUGGUUCCUUUGUGGGGGUUAAUCACCAUGAAGAUGAUUUUCAAAAUCAAUGGGAAGAUUUUCUGAUUGAAUAUGGUUUAGAAGAUAACAAGUGGCUAUCAGAGAGGUUUGAUGAUUUAUGCUCCCAUUCAAACAGUGUUGCUCAAUUUGCAUCCCAAACAAAGGAAAAAAGUGACAUCUUACAUCGUUAUCUUGAUAUGGCUAUGGCGGAGUGUCAAAAGCAUGUUGCUAACUCAUCAUCUAAUGCCAAUGAGUUAGAUAAUUUGCUUACAUUAGAAGAUGGUUGA